GCGCCGCGCUUCCCCUCACUGGGAGGCCACGUCGUCAACGUAGCCCAAAUCAUCGAGCUAGUGAUGACCUGCAUUUUAUACGUCGUCGUGAGCGGAAACCUGAUGUACAACAGCUUCCCCAACCUCCCCGUGUCCCAGAGGUCUUGGGCCAUCAUCGCCACCGCCGCUCUUCUGCCUUGCGCCUUCCUCAAGAACCUCAAAGCCGUGUCCAAGUUCAGCUUGCUCUGCACCAUCGCGCACUUCAUCAUCAAUGUCCUAGUGAUCGCAUACUGUCUGUCCAGGGCGCGAGACUGGGCCUGGGACAAGGUGAAGUUCUACAUCGACGUCAAGAAGUUCCCCAUCUCCAUCGGCAUCAUCGUCUUCAGCUACACCUCGCAGAUCUUCCUGCCCUCGCUGGAGGGGAACAUGCAGAAGCCCAGCGAGUUCCACUGCAUGAUGAACUGGACUCACAUCGCUGCCUGCAUCCUCAAAGGCCUGUUCGCCUUGGUGGCUUAUUUGACGUGGGCCGACGAAACCAAGGAGGUGAUCACCGACAACCUACCAUCCAGCAUCAGAGCCAUUGUUAACAUCUUCUUGGUGUCCAAGGCGCUGCUUUCGUACCCGCUGCCGUUCUUCGCCGCCGUGGAGGUCCUGGAAAAGUCUUUCUUCCAAGAAGGAGGGCGUGCGUUUUUCCCGGAUUGCUACGGGGGCGACGGGCGUCUCAAAUCAUGGGGGCUUUCGCUCCGCUGUGCACUAGUUGUGUUCACUAUGCUCAUGGCUAUUUAUGUACCGCACUUCGCGCUCCUCAUGGGUCUGACGGGAAGCCUGACGGGCGCGGGUCUGUGCUUUCUCCUCCCCAGCUUAUUUCAUCUCAAGUUGUUGUGGAGAAAGCUCUUGUGGCAUCAGGUCUUCUUCGACGUCGCCAUAUUCGUGAUCGGGGGUAUAUGCAGUAUUUCCGGCUUCAUCCAUUCCGUCGAGGGCCUCAUC